GACAUCACAUGAAGCAUGUGGAAAGAUCAAUCUGGCCUUCAUAUUGUGAACCAGAGAAUUUUACUGUUAUUGUCAAUUUUUACUCCAUUGAAAAGCCAACCUAACAUUUUGGUUAUUAUAUAUACGGUUCACAAAAGAGCUAAUAUUGUCUGUGGGGAUUAGCGAAGGCAAAGUUUUUCAUUAUUCUAUUGUAUGAGUGUAUUGGAGAUGUAAAUAUAUUUAAAUACUGAAUCGUGAAAACGGAUUGGAGUGGGAGUAAAGUUUCCAAUAAAUGCUUAACAAAAUGUGUUUUGGGAAAUAAUAAUAAACUGUUUUCAUGCUUUACAUCAGCAAGAAAUUAUGAAUACAUAUCGCCUACAUAUAUUACCAAACAAACAGCUAGGAUGUAAGAUGAAUGCAGAGACUUAUAUCUGAACGAAAGUGCAUAUAAGUUAACAAAAAUAAAAGUGUUAUGUAGAUUCGUAGAGCGUAAAGUUUACUUUAUUACUUACAUUUUUAGUGUAACUUAAAAGCAAAUUAAAUGUAGAUGAAAUAUCUUGCUUUAAUUGAAAUGGUGUCCAAUUUUGAAUGUGUUCUAUGAACUGAUUUACACGUGGAUUAUUGUGUCUGAUGCUGCAAUGUGAAUAAAGUGCUUAUUGAAGUGCAAGUACAAUUUGUCCAUGGAUUAAACUCAAUUAAAUGUUGUGUUUACUGUGGUGUACACUGAACAUGGAGUAGAGCACCAUGAAAUAGAUAUUGGAGUAUUUGUAUAGUUUCAUUUUUCAGUAACAGGUUCUUUAAACGCACCAAUGAUAUCGAUGGGAAAGUCGAUGAACCUGAACAAUCUGACGCCAGAGGAGGCUGAGCAGAUACUCAGAGUCAUCCAGAAGGACUUUGAGCUGCGCCAGAAAGAACGAGAAAGACUAAGUAAAAUCGAGGAAGAUGUCUUGGAGGAAGACCAGAAGACCGAGGUUCUGUCGAAGCAGCUUAAGUUCAAUGAGAACUGCUGCAUCCGCUGCUGUCAGACAUUUGGUUUGAUCUUCAAUCGACGCCAGCUGUGCCAAUCGUGUAAACUCUACGUAUGUAAAUCCUGCGCCAAGUACGAGGAUGGCAUAAAAGGAUACACGUGCAACGCCUGCAUAAAAGAGAGGGAGCUGAAGUUCAAGUCCCAGUCAUGGUUUUACACGGAUGUGAGCCGAAAGUAUCGAAGGUUCGGCAGCGCCAAGGUUGUGCGCACGCUGUACAAGCACACGGACGGAUCUGGACACACAAAGUUCCACUAUAGCGAUGGAGAGGAAGCAUUUCCAGAGGAAGAUCCAGAGCUCAUGUGGAACUUGCACAAGGUUGUGUUGGGGAAAGGGCGUUUGCUAUAUAAGACUGCUGGGAAAACUUGUCUUUAA